UCAGCACCCCGUGGCCGGACGACACCUGUUCUUCCCUGCAGGCCUACCUCACCUGUCUCCUGAAGGCAUCGCUCUCCCACCGUAUGCACCAAGAGAUGUCUGCCAUCGACGGUAAGGAUGCGGUGGAUAUCGUGUGUAACACGGAGAGUGAGGAGAGAGAUGAGACUCUGCUGGCCCUCUGCAGAGCCUUCCUCUCUCAGCAACUGCACAGAGGAGACAUGAAUUGCCUGUGGGAUCUGGUGUUCAUAUGGAGUAAACUCCAUCUGCGGGUCAACCCUUCCAAACAGGUCUUCCUGGAAGAGAGCCAUCGGCUGAUGCUGUCCGCCACCAACAUCAAAUCAAUAUUCCCUUUCAUGAGAGUGAUCCUUGCAGAGCUGGGGAAGGAUGGUCUCCAGUUCUGUGUGGAGCUCUGCACCCACGCCCUCCAGACGAACCCCUGCGACUCCGCCACCAAGUCCCUCAUCUACAAGACGGUGGCCUACCUCCUCCCCAACGACCUGGAGGUCUGCCGGGCCUGCGCCCUCCUCGUCUUCUUCCUGGAGCGCACCGUGGAGGCCUACAAAACUGUGCUCCUCCUCUACACCCACCCCGACCAGGAGUACAACGCCGAGGCCGGCCCCAUCGGAAACCACAUCCGCUUUGAGAUCCUCCAGACCCUGAAGAGAGGCCUCUACUUUGACCCGGAGUUCUGGAACCUUUUGAAUCUCCGGACCAACUGCCUGAAGCUGAUGAGCGAGAAGAAGGCGGCGUUGGCAAGGAUGGUGGAGGAGGAGGAUGGGUGGGUGUCCAACUACUGCACCACCACCACCAAAGAGCCCUGUCGCGGCCGGAGCGCUGACCUGUCUGAGCGCGUGCAGACUAAACACGUAGAGAUUAAACCGGCUAAACCAGCACAGAAACACGUUCAGAUUAAACCCUUUCACCAGGUAACGGCGCCCAAAAGGCGGUUCCAAAAAGAAGAGAAGAAUCACAUUUCGACGGCGCCGGUGGCGGCCAAACGUGUCAAAGCUCAAAGGUUGGAAAAGACCGUAGAAAAUACCUCUGUCGAGCCGCGGCAGCCGCCUGUUAAUCAUGUGACGGCGAAAGCUAAGAAGGAGAAGCCGGCUGAACCCCCUGAAGUUGAGGAACAACCCGUAUUAAAAAGAAGAGGAAGGAAGCCUGGGCCGAAGCCGGGACCGCGGUCGCCUGCGAGAGCGACGGAGUCCUCAGCCGAGACCGCCUCUGUCAGACGGUCCUUCAGACAACUGGACAUGGCGCAGGAGAACCUGGCCAGGCAAGUCGGUCACGGACAACACAGGCACAUGACCAGACUCUCAGAGAAGAAACCUCCGAAACGGCGGGGCAGGAAACCCCGUUGGCUACUGGAAGGCACGUUCCAGGCUGAGAACAGCGCUCCCCGGACGGGUCGCCAACCGGGCAGGAAACCCCCGCGGCAGAAGACCCAGCAGACGCCAGCGGAGAAGACUGGUGCCGCUGUCAACGAAAGCGCAGCCGGACAAAAGGACGCCGCGACGUCGCGAAAUAAAACUGCGGCCGCUCGUCUGACAGCGCCGAGGGAACAGGAAGGUAAACGCCGGGAGGAGACUCCUGCUACCAACCGCCUACCGGCAGCGGCUCCUGCUUCUGACUUGAAGCUGGAGGUCUCCUUACCUGACAACGAAGUGAUCGGGGUCUUCCCUGAGGACUCUCCCAGUAGGCGAGGACUGGUGACUCCAAACCGUGACGAGUCUAAGGCGCCGAUCCAGGCACAGUAUCAGGUGAAGCAUCGACUCGGAGAGGAGUUUAUCCUUUCCACUCGGAACGCCAGUCUCUUCAUACAGCGGUUGCACAGCUACGCCCAGACGCCCAAUGCGGAAGGUGUCACGUUGAACGCUGAGACCUGUUUGUUGAAAGCGACGGAUUUCCGUCCCUCCCUAAACCAAAGUUGUCUGCCGGUGCCGGGCGACGCUUCAGGGUUAUUUUACCAGACGUCCGCAACGGAAAUGGAAGUUGAGGUCUCCUCGCAAACUGUCACUCCAACUGACGUUACUUUCACACCACGAGGUGGAGCUGUUGAACGCGUUGAAAUUCCCAAGAAUGAGGAAGGAUUCUCUACUGAUCCUGGGCAAAAAUGUCCUCUAUCCGUUCCCUCAGUGAAUGCCAUUGUUCCUAACAAUACAGGUAGAAGAAGAACAAUAAAUACAGAAGUAACUAAUUUUCCAAGAGAACCAAUGGAAGUUACCAAUGUUCCAAAAAAGCUAAUGGCUUCUGAAGUCAGGGAUGUUUUAGAAUCGUCAAGGAAUACAGAAGUUACUGAUAUUCUGAAAGAGGCUAUGGAUAUAGCAAACAUUGGUGUGGAAGAAGCAAUGAUGGGUGACACUGGCAGCGUCCCUGAAAAGGAAACUCCAGAGCUUGUUGCUCCUACACCUUUCUGCUGGUUGGCUAAUAGCUCAAUGGAAGCGUUUGCCAGAGAGUUUGAAAAGUUUGCCAAGGGUCCGGAUUCUGAUGUAGAGAAAAACCAGGAGCCGGUGACACCACAGACCACAGAUAACGUCUCGCACAAAACCUUGGAGACGACAUUGUCAACAUCCCCAAAAGUCAUCCCUGAGGACAUCACAGACCCAGUGGUCCCUGAGGACACUUCAAAAGUAACCGAAGACACCCUGCAAAACAUGGACACUCCACACACCCAACAGCUUACAGAGGAGAUCCCACAGAAUACACAUGAUACCCCACAGUACCACGAGAACACGUCAAUGCACACUGCAGACACCCAACUGGACAUUAAGGGUACUUCACAAAACACGGCGCCGGAGGAUACCCCAGUGGCCAUUGAGAACUUCCCACAGCUCACUGGUGAGACCCGACAGCUUGAGAAACCCCUGAAAGGCACUGUGGAUACUCCAGAGGUCCCUGUGGACUCGCCGCAGGACAGUGACACCCCUCAGAUCACCGAAGACCCCCCACAGAUUACACAGGACAUCGGACAGCUCACGGAGGACACCCCGGAAGUCACUUUCACAGAAGUCACUGUGGAUACUCCAAAGGCUGUGGACACACUAUCACAGAACACACAGGAGGACAGCUCGGAGGCAAUUGAGGAUACCCUGAAAGUCACUGAAACCCCCCAGAAAGUCACUGAAGACGGCCUGUGCGUCACUGUAGAUGCCUCCAAGCACAUUGAGGACAACCUACAAAUACAAAACACUGCCGACACCCUACAGGACACCCCAAAAGCCCCAAUGGUUGAUGAAAAGCCCACCAAGGACACACGGGACGCCACACAUAACAAUGGGGACACCCAACAGGUCACUGAGGACACCCCAAGAGUCCCUGAAGACGCGUCACGUGAACCCAAAGACACCUCAAAGGUCACCGGAGAUACCCCAAUCGUCUCUGAGGACACCCUAAAAGUAACCAUUGAUACUUCGGAGGUCACUGAAGACCUCUCAAUGAUCGCUGAAGACACCCCGAAAGUCUCUGAAGUUACCCCACAGAACACACAGUACAACUCACUGGUCACUCUGAAAGUCACUGAAAGUGCUCACAUUCCUAAGGUCACCCCAAGAGUCCCUGAAAACACGUCACAGGACCCCAAAGUCACUGAAGACUCUCCACAUAAAACACAGGACACCCCAAAAAUCACUAAGGACACCCCAAUGGUCUCUGGGGAUAUCGCACAAAAUCCUGAAGAAGGCACCCCACAGGAGAAUGAGGACAGCCAACUGGCAUAUCGCUGUAGUCUCUGCAACAAGGUUUUCAGAGGCAAACGUGUCAUAACCCACGCCAUGUACCACUUCCGCAGGGACCAAUGUAUGUUCUGUAGGAUGCUGUUCAAAAAUGACCUCCUCGCCAUGAUGCAUCUAUCCCAACACAUCGAGAAGUUGAAAAAAGGAACCGUACCGGCUGAUUUUGAGGAGGUCCACGAGAACUGGACACCUGACACGCCUGAACGCUCAACGCAGAGGGGGAGACGGGGGCGCAAGAGGAUCUCCGUAAACUCCACAGAUACCGCAGAGCCAGCUCCACCGGAUUACAGGAAGCUACGGUCGACGAGCAAUAGGAUCUCUGUAAACUCCACAGAUAGCACAGAGUCAACUCCACCGGAUCGCAGGAUCUUACGGUCUAAACCUAAGCUACGGUCGAGCACUAGGCUCUCAACUGACUCUCGACCUUCCCCAGAGACUAGACUCACAACAGAAGAGUCUGAAGACAAGCAGUCGAUACAGAGGGUCAAUGGACACGUGGGCAGAAGACGGGUUGAGGUUGAAGGAACUGAGCGUGACGGUGAUACUCGGGCAGAGGAACAAGAGAAGAUCAGUAGGCGACAAGAGGAGGAGCACUCGGCUCUGGAACAGAGGGAAGAACCCGUGGAGAUCUCUACAUCAACAGGUGAACAAGGGGGAACGUCUUACUCUCCUCUGACAAAGACUUUGGAAGAAGAAGAGCAACCAUGCUCCUCAGCGAAGACCAUGGAGGACAAAACAGAAUCUCAGUCUGUGUUGGUAACACAGGACAGGCUUUCAGUUUCCCCUCUAGAGACCUCCGUUCAGGGCAAGGAGACUCCCAGCAGCUGCCCUGUGGAGGGAUGCGCAGAGAUAUUCAUUGGAAAACGGCGUUCUCUCCUCGGACAUAUUCUGGAUGAUCACCGCGGCGACGCCAAACCCUUGGAAACGACAUUCCGCCACGGGAAUGGAAAAUGCAGUAUUUGCCAGAAGCCUGGGAUGACUUUGCAGCAUUACCAGCACCACAUUGCAUGGCACAGAGGAAUCCCCAGGCAUCCCUGUCUACAUCAUGGGUGUAAAGCCCGGUUCAGUGCAGCGCCAGAAAUGAGAAACCACGCCAAGACCCACCAGCCCCUCCGGGCGGUGUGCUGCUUCCCGGGCUGUCAGGAGCGCUCGGCUUGUCUUCUGGAGCUGAACCGUCACGAACGAGAACACUAUCGUCUCCCAGAGGAAGGGGAGGAUGCGCCUGUUUUUGAUACCCUUGUCGCCAACGCCGCCUCCGUAAAGGUGAUAAAAAAGUGCAAGGUGACGAAGAAGCCGAAGAAGAUGAAGGGUGUGAAGAGACGAUGGGCUCCUGGAGAAAAGGAGGCGUCAGCUGCUGAUCCCACUACUACAGCAAAGGUAACCAGGAAGUGUGACUUCACCAAGACGUUAAAGAAAACACAGGUCAUAAAGAAACGGCGUGUUCAUAAAGACAGUGAUCCCCCUGCUUCUGCUCCCCCUACCGUCUCUGUAAAGGUAACGAGUAAGUUGAAGAAAUUGCAGGUUAAGAGGAAACCGUGUGUUGGUAAGAAAAUGAACGCCCCAACGGCUCCCAUCACCACCGCCGCUGAACAAGUGACCAAGAAGUUAAAGAUGAUGCAUAAAAAGGUAAAGAAAGCGUGGGCUGUGAAGAGACAGAACGUCAGCAAAGAAAAUUAUACUCCAACCGGACCGCUCACCUCCACCACAAUUACCACCACUGAAGAAGUUACCAAAAAGCAAAAUAUUAUAAAUAAGUCGGAGAAAAUACGGGUUGUUAAGAAACCGAAUGUUGCCGAAGAAAAGGAAACUGGUCCAGCCACCGACGAAGAGGUGGCAGAAAAAUCAAAGGUGGCUGAUAAGUUAAAGAGAACACCACCUGUAAAGAAACAGAGCGUUAACAAAGACCCCAGGAAGAUCUCAAGUGUUAGCACCGACAAGGAUACCCCAACUGUUCCUCCCACCGCCGCUCCAAAGGACCCCAAGAAGUUACCCAAGGUGACGGAUAAGUUAAAGAAAACGACACUAGUUCUGAAGAAACAAAGAGUCAAAGAACCCAAGAGGCCUGCGGGCGAAGAACACAAGAAGACCUCCAAAAAGCCUGCCAAGUCAAAGACCUCUGGUCCAGAGAAACGCGUUAAUGAAGUUACAGAAGUGCCAGGAAGUGAAGACACAGAGGUGGUAGGAGGUCAAUCAGAGGAAGAAGAUGAUAAACCAUUGGUGGGAACAUCAGACUCAACAGCUAGCAGUGUCUGUGACCAGAAGAUGGUUAACGGACACUUAAAGGAGAUCACUAAAGAAUCACCAAAAUACCAGAAAAGUAUUAAAACAAGCACAGACACCAAAUCCAAGAAAUGCAAACCACGGAACCAUAAACCCACUACUCCCAAAACCCCUACAACUACUCCCAAAACCCCUAUCAAGAAGGAAGCGGCGAAACCCCCCACUUUCUUUGGGAAGAUUAGCAACAGGCCGUACAUUCGGCCUCCGCCCACAGCCUACCUAGACGAGAGGUACACCACCAUGCCGAAACGCAGGAAAGAGAUGUCCUGGACCCUGGAUCGCUCUCCGAUCUGCCCAACCCUGGUGGAGGCCGCGGGGGAGACGGGCACACGGUUGGUCCAUAGGCAGCGCUGUGCCAAGUGUUUCUUGUCCUUCGACAGUGGAGAGGAGUUACAGACGCACCUCUCGCUGAAGAAGUGCGCAAACCUUUUCGGCUUCGACUCAGACGAGGAGAGUAAGUAAAUGCUGAAGCUGAUGGACAAGAGGACAUGUUUGGAUGUGCUGCUGCUGGGGGGGGAUGUUGAAACCCCUCCAAAACCUGCUAGGGGUGUUGUUGAACCCCUUUUUGACCCUGCUACCUUACUGAGGAUGACCAGGGUUACAGGACUCUUAACAUGAUAUGCUGGCUAGCCUGGGGACAGCCAGGCCUUCCUUUGUGACUGAAGCUGGCCGACGGCUACAGCAGGAAGACCCCUCUCAACCCUGCUACCUUUUAUUGAAGAGGAUUCUUACAGAGUUAACUCUUACAUGACAUGCCGGCUAGCCUGGGGACAGCCAGGCCUUCCUUUGUGACUGAUGCUGGCCGACGGCUACAGCAGGAAGACUGGGAGAACAUUUUUAAGGGUUGUGACCAUUCUUCCCACGUUCCGUCUCCCUUGGUCAUAGGAGUAACCUAUAACCUUUUUGAACCCCGACCUCAAAUCCAAAGUUUAGGGGUCUUUUGGGCUGUCCGAUUGGUUGAUGGACCAGGAAGUGUGGGUGAACUAAAGCCUAGAGGCCUUGUGAGGUGGACACUAUGAGAACGGUAGGGCCGUCGGACAGUCAAUGUAUUAUUUAGUUUAUUUGUUUUCACAGUAUUUUACUUUGGACUGAAGAAGUGCCUGGACCCAACCUGCCACUUCCUGCUUCUCUUCUAUUGGUCAGUGGUCCAUGGACUGCAUCCCCAAAAUGGCACCCUAUUCCCUCUAUAGUGCACUACCCUAUGUGGACACUCUGGUCUAAAGUAGUGCACUACAAAGGGAAUAGGGUGUAAUUUGGGACGCCGAGAGUUACGGCUGCGUCAAGGAAUGACUCUUGAAGCUGUGAGAACUGAUUUUUAUGCAGGGAUGUGAACUAUACAACAUGUUCAGAUAUUUAACACACUAAAAAUAUAGCUCAUCUUUUUUUUUUGCUUUUGCACUUCUCCCCUAACCCAGCAGUUCGAUAUCCCUGUUUCCCCUCCUGCUGCAAUGUUCUGCUGAUCCCAUUUGGCUUUUUUUUUAAACGAUUGUCAUUGCAAUGGAUGAUGACACACUGAACCGUCUGAGGAUUCGUCCCAAAUGGCAACCUGUUCCCUUUAUAGUGCACUGCUUUUGUAGUAUAAAGGGAGAAGUAGUACACUAUGUAGGCAGUGCCGGGUUUAGAAAUCAGCCCCCUGGGCUUUUUUUUUCUUUCUUUUUUAUAGGACCCCCCUUACCGGCACACCAUAAUUUUCUGUAAACCAAUCCGUGCACCAAGAUGCAAUUCGAUGCAUGGUACAUUUUUAUUAGCUGAAGAAAAAUACCCUUUAUAAUAGAGCCAUAACAUUGGCAGUAUUUAAUUUGUUUAAACUAAUUUCAUGCAAUUCUACGUCAUUUACAUGACAGGAGAUAUUAGCUGAAUCUUUUUAAUACCACACAAAUGACCGAAACGAGUGGCUACUCUGACAAACUGGGAUCAGUCUGGUAUUGAAUUCAAACAAACGAUUGCCCAGGCCAAUGAAGCGACACACAGAUUGUACAAUAUUAGGAGUGUGUGUGUGUGUGUGUAUAUAUAUAUAUAUAUAUAUAUAUAUAUAUAUAUAUAUAUAUAUAUAAUAAUAGGCUACUAAAUACAAUUUCCAGUGGCACACUGAACGAUGAAGCCAUAGUGAUGGCCGACGCGCUCCUUACAUUUACGUCAUUUAGCAGACGCUCUUAUCCAGAGCGACUUACAAAUAGGUGCAUUCACCUUAUAGGCA